AAUUAACCGCCAUGCCUGUAUCCAUAUAUCUAUAAAUACAAGAAAACUCCAAAUCAAGAAACCGGCCAAUAAUACACAUUUUUUCGAGGUUCACAUUUUGCCACUUUAUCGAGCUAGCUAGCUCACAACCAUGGCACCCCAUGGAGAGUCAUUAUUGAGGUCAAACCAUACUACAAAGAACAACAACAAUAACAAAAACAACGAUCAAAAUGUUAUCAAACAACCUUUGAUAUCCAAUGACAAUCUUAAACGGACGGUUUCCGACAUCUCAAUGGUGCUGAGCAAAGAGGUCACCAUGUCCACGUGCGGCCCGGGUAGAGACGCAAAUCUACCGCCCAUCAUUGAGGUGGAAGGCACGAAGUGCGAGUGCUGCGGGCUGUCGGAGGACUGCACCCCGCAGUACAUAGCACGAGUGCGUUCGAAAUUCGUAGGGAAGUGGAUUUGCGGGCUGUGCUCCGAGGCGGUGAAGGAGGAGGAAGGGAAGAAGGGCGUCAUAAGAGAGGAGGCUUUGAGCAGCCACAUGAAUGCAUGCUCAAAGUUCAACAAGCAUGUUAGGGCUCACCCGGUUCUUUACCAAGCGGAAGCCAUGAGACAGAUGUUGAAGAAGAAGAGGGCCGACAAAGCUAUUAGGGCUAACAAAACCGUUCAAAACAAAGGUGUGGGGAUAGCAAGGACUUCCAGUUGCAUUCCGGCCAUUACCGGUGACAUCAAGAAUGAGCACCCCCGCCGAGAUAACAAUUAAAGAUAUGCUUAUCGAUCGUAUAAUAAACAUCAUGAAGUACAUACUACGGAGUAUAUAUAUUGAAUGCAUAUAUGAAAAAGUAGUUAUUGUAAUGUAAUUAGUCUUAUAACGAAAAAUAAUUUCUAUUCCUGGAAUACAAUUAAGGAUCUCUUUAUUCAAUUAAUGAUUUUGUUUAUCAACC